AUGGCAUCCAAAACUCCCAAGAACAUUGUCGUAAUAGGCGGUGGUAUUAUUGGCAGCACGAGCGCCUACUUUCUCUCACACCAUCCCGCCUUCGACGCCGCCACGACGAACAUUACCCUCAUCGAAGCCUCGGAAAUUGCUGGUGGUGCCAGUGGGAAGGCAGGCGGCCUAUUAGGCCUAUGGGCCUAUCCCUCAUGCAUUGUCCCACUCUCCUUCCGCCUGCACAAGGAGCUCGCCGACAAGUACGACGGUGCUCAGCGCUGGGGCUACCGCGGCGUCCAUUGCGGGCAGAUUCUCAUGAAAGGACGGCCGGUCAAAAAGGGCGCUGAUGUCGGCGAGAGCGUUAGCCUGCAGAAGCGGACGCCGCAGGCACUAGGCUUGCUGCGCGCCGCGGGCGUGCCAAGGGAGCUAGAUUGGGUAGUUCCAGAAGGCGUGAGGGCGUACGAGGAGAUGGGCGCGCCAGACGACACGGCACAGGUUCACCCGUACCACUUCACGACCAGCAUGGCCAAAUUGGCGGAAGAGAAGGGCGUCAGGGUUGUUUUGGGAAGUGUAACCGACAUCGACACUAAAGACGGCGCGGUACGGGGCGUCACUUACACGCCGAAGGAUGGCGGAGAGGCGCAGACUAUACCAGCCGACAGCGUUAUCAUCUCGGCCGGCCCCUGGACACGCAAUGUCUGGCCGCAAGCCCCUAUCUCAGCAACCCGCGCCCACAGUGUUGUCAUCAAGCCUCCUCGGGAAGUGUCCAACUACGCGCUAUUCACAAGCAUCGAGCUUGCUUCAGAGAAUGGAACGUCUCGCAAGCGUCGAGGCCACUCAACGACCGUGUCUCCAGAAAUCUACGCCCGGCCGUUCCAAGAGGUGUACGCAUGCGGCGAAGGGGACCAUCUCGUGCCACUGCCCAAGACGACAGAGGAUGUGGAAGUGGACCAGCAACGGUGUCAAGACAUUAUCGACUACGUGUCUGCGGUCAGCGACGAGCUGCGUGACGGCGAGGUCACUGCUCGGCAGGCUUGUUACCUCCCCAACGUUAGCAGAGGCAGCGGCGGUCCGAUGAUCGGAAAAGUGCCUGGCGUGAAGGGCUUGGUCAUUGCGGCGGGCCAUACGUGCUGGGGCAUCCAGAACGGGCCGGGGACGGGGAAAGUGGUGAGUGAAAUUGUGUGGGAGGGGAAGGCGAAGAGCGCGAACAUUGCAAGCUUGGAUCCUGCAAAGUGGCUAUAA